AGUGUCGUCUGGGUAAGGAGCGGUACUCCCUAGGGGAUGAGUGGAGCCCCAACCUGGGGCCACCCUUCGGCGUGUGGAGCUGCGUGCGCUGCCUUUGUGAGAGGGUGCAGCGGAAGAGGAGGAUGGUGGCCAGGGUUCGAUGUCGCAACAUCAAGACGGAGUGCCCCAAGGUGACCUGUCUUGACCCCGUCCUUCUGCCUGGUGCCUGCUGCAAGACUUGUGUCACCGAGAUGCUCAGAUCACCAGUCGACGAACCGAGAGACAUGGCCGAAGAACUCACUGGAAGAGACUUUGCCGUGCUGCUCAACGGCCGCACUUCGCAGACGCCGAUGACAACGAGCCGCGUGGCCACAGGGCGACUCUUCUUGCGGAAGAAGACGCUUCACUUCUCCUUCCUGCUGGAAGCUGGCGCCCCUCCACCUGCCUCCAUACAGUUCCUGAACGACAGUGGGGACAUACUGGAGCAGCUGGAGGCGCAGCCUACGCCCUACGAGGCUACCAACAACAGAAUAUGUGGAGCUUGGACCAGGGUACCCAAGGAGUACAGAGCUUUACUGAGGGACGAAAAGAUGUGGGUUGCAAUAUCCCCUCCAGAUGACUCCCAAGAAGACGUGAUCAGUGGACAGUUAGCACGGUACGUGGGGGUCGACACGGAGGUGUUCUCGGCGCUACUCACACCUACACCCACUGCCAAUCAGACCCUUAGUGGCGGAGGCACCGCAAUCAUCUCUGUCGACCGCAAGACAGACUCCCUGCAUGUGAGUCUCGUCUUUAAUGGGAUAUUUGCUGCAGAGGAAUCCCGCAAUGCCACGCUUGUAGUGGAACUUCUGCCUGAGCGUGGCCUUGACCCGGUGACGGACACAGUUGUUCUGCCCAAGGUUUUCUCGGACUUGAAUCGGGCAGAAAUAAUGACUACUCUGGGAGACAAUAGUCUUAUUCGACUGACCCGAGGCCAAGUGGCUAUGAAAAUCUGGAGUCAGGCUGCUCCAGAACGGGCCCUGGAGGGCAUGAUCACUCCUCGGGCCACCUGUAAUGUGUUUUCUGCAGUCCUAAGCAUACCAGUUCCAGACCCUGAAGAUGUCGAUGCUCCGGAGAGGACAGAUGCAUCGUCGCCUCAUGGUGCAGGCUGGGCUCUCCUUACCCUCUCCAAUGAUGGCACCUUCCAGUAUCAGGUGUUUGUGAAAGAUUUUGAUGUUGCCACUCUUACAUUGGAAACGAAACAUCGGCGUCGAGAUCGCAUCGUCGACAACCUGACCCCAUUUUAUCGGGAAAAUUGGGCUAAUGGUACCUACGAUAGACCAACAUACAGUGAUCUGGAUGCUCUGCUCCGUGGGAAGCUGGAGGUUGUAGUGAGCGCUGGGGAGAAUAGUGAAGAACUUCGUGGGAUGCUUAACCCAGUAGCAGUGACAGAAGCUUUACGGUCUCCACAGCCCGUACUAUUAUCAUCCCCUGAAGUACCUAUGGCUGCAACAGUGUGGGUGGCUGUAGAUUCGGCAUGUGUCACUCAUUAUGAUGUGAUGGUUGCGGGUCAGCCUCCAGGAGGGGCUGUUGAACCCUUCUGGAACCUCAUCCUCCGUGAAAGAGACGACUCCUGGGAUCCAAGACACGAGAAUACUAGAGUUGACCUUGAGACACAGGUGGAGGGACGUGAACUCUUUGCUCAUUCAACCCAGCUGACCCGCUUGUCCCUUUCCCGUCUCGGUGCUGGAGUGACCUACCUGGACUUAGUCUUGCUGCCUCAUGAAAACAACACCACCCUACAGCCUUCUCUGAGUGGUCUUGUGCAAGGAGUCUCUGUCCCUUCCAAUUGCCUCCUUGGUUCAGAUGUUCAUGACAUGAUAAUGCCUGAAAGGGAUAGUGAAGAAUGUUCACACGGAAUGUGUGUUUUAGAUGAAACCGAGGCAGAGGCCGUUAGCAAUAACUGUAUUGAUGAAGAGAAGCGAGUGUUUGAGGAUGGAACCAGCUGGCAAUCACCUGUCAACACGUGUUCCAUGUGCAUGUGUCGAAGAGGUAAAAUCACGUGUCAAGAUGUGGUGUGCCUCGAAUUAGACUGUGAUGGAGCGUACACCCCACCGAACCAGUGCUGCCAAGUGUGCCCAGGUGGCAGUGAUGUUGCUGAAGAAAAGAAAAUGUGUGAGUUAAAUAAUCAAAAGCAUCUCGUGGGAUCCAAAUGGCAUCCUUUCCUUCCUCCAGAAGGCUUUGAUAAGUGUGUCUCCUGUGCCUGUGAACUAAAUUCAAGUGCACAACCAGUAGUUAACUGCCAUCGGUCCCCUUGUCCACUGCUUUCCUGUGAUGUUGAUGACAUGGAGCAGCAGCCAGACUCCUGCUGUGCAAAGUGUCGAGCCACAAGACCUGAGGUUGCUUUGCCUACAGCCCAGCCAGGGAUGGUCAAUGAAGGGGAUUUACUUACAGAGGAGGAGCAUAGGAACAACAUUCUCAGCAGAGGUGGUUGUCUUAGGAACAAUCGGGUCGUGUAUGAGAAUGGUGCGGAGUGGCACCCCAGAGUGGCAUCUAUUGGAUUCUACAAAUGUGUAACCUGCAAGUGUAAGGAUAGAAAUAUCACAUGUGUUAACCAGCAGUGUCCCACUCUAAGGUGCCCAGCUAUGGUACAGGAAGAACAAGAGUGUUGUCCUCGGUGCACUAAUGAGAACAGCACUAUUAAUAACCGGAAUAAAGCACAGUGGCGAAAACCAUUCAGAACACCCUCUCACAAGAAUAAGAACAACCGUAUGCGUAGUUCAGGUUAUGGUCAAGCAGUAAACACUGGCAAUAAAUUUUAUGGUGGUUAAGACUUCAAGGGUUGCAGUAACUGCCAUGCACCAUAUUUGGAUGUUUUUUACAGAACGGAGAGAUGCUAAUCAUGCUGAAUGUUUGCUUUUGCAACUGGGAUCUCCAACCUGUUAUUUUUCCUUCUUUUGUGGCCCUGAUGUAGCAACUAUCUUUGAUGAAGUAUGAAGGUAUGAUGGGAGUCAUAAAACAUAGGACAAAAAGGAAGCACGCACGUCUCGGGUUCUGAAUGCAAACUAUGAUGUGCUAAACUAAAACUGCUAAAAAAAAAACAGAACCUUGAAAUAAAUUACAGUAAACACCGAAACCAAACUAAAAAAAAAAAUCACAGUAUUCUUUUACAUAUACAAAUCAACAAAUAGCUAAAGGUUGCAAUCAUAUCGUAAGGUCUUGACAUCAAGAGUGGCUGAUAUGCAGACAUGCCUGAAGCUCUUAGCAGUCUUAAGAAUGCAGAGAGGCCUGAGGUCUUCCAAGUAGGGCUGAAGGAUGAGGACAGGUCUAAAUUCCUAAAGCAUUUUAUUAUGCCCCGGGAUGUAGAAAUGCCUGACGUGCCCAAUAAAGGGCCAGACUGCAUGGGACCUGAGUUGUUAAGCUGCUGCUGAGGUAAGACUGACAUCUUCCUGGUGGAAGAUGUCACCGAGGAAACAAAACUAGUAUUCUGCAAGAAUCACGGAAGGACUUAAGGUACUUUUUUUUUUUUUUUUUUUUUUUUUUUUUUUUUUAUACACAUAAGCCAGUCAUUUUCAAAGCAAACAUUUUUGCAUCUGUUGAAUGCAAGUGUGACACCACCCCCAAUAAACGAAUGUUAUGAUUUUGAAUAUGAAUAUAAAACUAUUCUUGCAGCGAAUGGAUACUAACCUGAGGAUAAGUGUUACCAUACGUGUACUGUACAGUAUAUUGAGUGUUACUAAUGCAUUAGGAAUGGAUUAUUGUAGAAGUAACCUACAAUAUUUUAUACCAGUGCACCUAGUAAGGAGGCUUGGCUUAAUACAGUAGUGGCAAAAAAAUAAAUUAUAUAAAAGUUUAUUCUAACCACCUUGAUUGAUUCCUCUCUACCCCUCGGCAGCAUGCUGCCUGUUUUUUGUACCAAAGAUGAUGGGUGUUUCUAAAUCUGAUUUUGAGUAGCUACAAGAGUAUUGACGUAUUGGUGAGGAGAUCAGCAAUUAUAUUGCCAUAAAACUGUUCAGAUGGCUCAUUUUUUACUUCAUUAAAAACUAGCUUUCUGUGAUGAACAGUAACCUCUUCCCUUACACAUAUUGUGAGACUUAAGGAAUUUACUAAUAAAAUGAAUUAAAAAUCAAACUUGUUGUGUUUACAAUGCUUCAGUUGUUGAUCAGAAACAAGUAUGAAAAACACAAAACUAUGAAUCUCCUCACUCUUACCCCUCUCCUCCUUUUAUUCUGUAUCUGGUGGGCAGAACUCACACUAUAAAACACUGACAGAGUUCAUACUCCAAGCUCAAUUCUAGGCUGAUAAUGUAGGUUACUGAAGUCAUAUUUUGAAGUGCUGAGGGUGUGAUCACUUCUCAUGUGGUGCAUUUUAUUCAAACUGUGGAGGCUACUGCUUCUAUUCAUAGGGUGAAACAGUAAAUGUAGUUUAUUACUUUUAUUAGAAUGAUGUUGUGAACUUUUUUUGAUGGCAACAGGGUCUGAUUCAGUCUUUGAGGCUACAAGUGAUGAAGAGUAUAUAGUUUUAAGUCCUGACAAUUAGAGAGUUUUUUUUCGGUGAAACAGACCCUGAUGUAGUAGGAAGAACAAUAUUUUUGUAAAAAUGUAUAUACAUUAUAAUAGUAUUAGCUAUUUUGUGACUAGAGAUUGCUUUACAGUUAUAUGCAUGUUUGGGAAUCACUGCAACUCUACAAAAUAAUUCAGUAAGGUUUACUCUUAAGGUGGAACUGGAGCCUAACUGAAUUAUGAAAGGAUAUAUAAGCUCAUGU